AUGAGAAUUAUUCUACUUUUGUUAUUGUCUACAGUACUCACAUCGUCUUGGGUUAUUUAUCGAAAAAGUCAUAAAAAGAAAUUGGUUUGUCGGGUGAGUUUUGGGAAUAGCAGAGGUACUGUAGAGAAUAAGUUGCCUCAAUUUGAAAAUAGAGAUCGAUAUUUGCUCCACAAGAUUCUAUUACUUAUGUUAAUUGGAUUAAAAAAAUCAGAGUAUUGUGGAUUUUCCAAAUUUCAGAUUCGACUACUUUUUUACCAUUUUAAACCCAAGUCUGGUGGGAUCCUAAUCAGAUGCAAAAUUACUUCAAAAAAUGAAGCUCGGCCUAAUUUUUUUCAUAUUGUCAAUUCUCAGAAAAAUACGUUUCAAAAAUUGUAUCAUUUCUGUUAGCGAUUGUUUAUUUUAUUAAGGUCUUUUUAUUAUCUCCUAAUCAAAAAACUGAGAUUUUGAGGGAAGGUUUUGGUUUAUUUGAGAACUAAUUCCGUUAAAAAAAAUAAAUUUAAAAAUUCACAAUUAGUAGAUUUUAAUAUCAAAUUUCGUAGAGAAAACGCGAACCUUCAUAUUUUUUAUGAAUUAUAUUUUCCCCCUUCCCUCCCUUCCAAAUCCACCCAAAAAUGCUUCCCACCUUUAAAUCACGUGUCCUUCAAUUUUGCAGGAAGAAACCGAAUGGGAUUCAAAUAACACACUUUCAACAGCAACAUCUUCACCAUCUGAUAUAACAUCUCACGCUGAUUCAGAUUCUGAUAGUAGCAGUGAAGAAUCGGCUGAAAAUCGACGUGGUCGAUCGAAAAGAGAUAUUGAUGUUGAUCCAAUUCUGAAACAACCGAUUAUUUAUCUUGGAGUAUGUUUUUUUCUUGAAAAUUCUUUAAAAUAAUUCAGGAUUUCUACAUAUUUUAAAAAAUUUAUGUUUAUAUUUUUUAGUUUCAGAAAAAAAAUCCUAGGAGAAUUUUAUUGAUGAGAAAUGUGAGUUUGAAAAAAUGUGUGAUGUUUUGAUGUGUCGUUUUGUGUGGUUUUUGUGAAAAAAUUGAAAUUUUGGAAUAAUUUUAUGAAAAUUGCUAGUUUAUGAAUUGAAUUUUCUCGAAAUUUUUUAAAAAUUCACUAAUUUUGAUAAAUUGGUCAAUCUACAGUAACUCACAUUUUCAUUCAGAAACUUUGAUAGCGUCUAUUUUUUACUAUACAAAUAUUUGGAAAUGGCAACCACAGCCGAAUAACACGUCAACAUUUAAUUUUAAAACGUGAAAAUCUUUCAGUUUUUUUUUAACGAAUAAGAAAACAAAUCUCUAACCCGUUUGAAGUUAUCUGAAAUUACUGAAAAUAUUUUUUAAUAAUUCAAAAUUUACAGGCUCAAAGUAAUAGCACUGUUUUCAUCGACGACGGCGAUUUUGAUAUUGUUUCUGAUUCAUUGAGUCGCGAAGAAAUUGAAGCUGUUAAACAACAAAUAAUGAACACUUGUAAUGCUUUAAAUUCAAAUUGA